CCGAUAAAAUGGUGAAGAUAAAAGACAGCGCAGUGGACGCUAUAGGCGAGGUGCUCAACAAUCGCGACCGUCCGUUGAAGGAGCGAUUCAGGGCCCUGUUCGCACUGCGGAACAUUGGCGGCGAUCGUGCACUCGAUGCCAUCGGCCGGUGUUUCGAGGACGAUUCGGCCCUGCUGAAACACGAGCUAGCCUACUGCCUCGGACAGAUGCAAGACGUGCGAGCUAUCCCCAUUCUGACGAAGGUUCUGGCCGACGUGCAACAGGAACCGAUGGUGCGGCAUGAAGCGGCCGAAGCGCUUGGUGCGAUCGGGGAUAAUUCAGUCGAGGCAACGCUUCUCGCGUACUGCAAGGACCCCGUGGUUGAGGUGGCAGAGACCUGCGAAAUCGCUCUGGAGCGUGUGCGAUGGUUGAAGGAAAAUAAAGAUCAAGAGCCCGCCCUGGAGGAUGACAAUCCGUACGCCUCUAUUGACCCAACCCCACCAGCACCCCCCACAAGUGUAGACGAACUUCGGCGAACUCUGUUGGAUGAAUCGGCAACCCUCUUUCACCGUUAUCGGGCCAUGUUUUCUCUGCGCAAUCUUCGUACCGAAGAGGCUACGCUCGCCCUGGCAAGUGGAUUGAAGGGAAAGAGUGCCCUCUUCCGGCAUGAGGUGGCCUUCGUACUGGGACAGCUGCAGCAAGAGUGUAGCAUACCGUUUCUGGUUGAAAACCUGCGCGAUCCGCUGGAGAAUGAAAUGGUGCGCCACGAAUGUGCGGAGGCACUCGGAGCAAUUGCCACCGAAGAGUGUACCCGCGUGCUGAAUGAAUAUUUGAAAGACGAGAAACGGGUUGUGAAGGAGAGCUGCGAAGUUGCGUUGGACAUGAGCGAGUACGAAAACAGUGCCGAGUUCCAGUAUGCCGACACACUACUGAAGGUUAAUGAUGAUUGAAUAAAAUGCACCGAUUCCUUCUAGAACUAAAAAGUCCUAAGAUAUUGGGUUCAACAUUGAA